AUGGCGAGUGACAGUCCGGUGAGCUUGACACAGCAUUGUGUGCCCGUCUUCAAAGGUGAAGAGUACGGGAGGUGGAGUUUGAGAAUGAAGACUGUUUUUCAGUCUCAAGACCUCUGGGACUUAGUGGAGAGUGGUAUGCCAAAAGGAGAAGAUGAAGCAAAGGCGAAAGAGAGUAAGAAGAGGGAUGCGAAGGCCAGGUGUCUCAUCCAGCAAGCUGUUGAUGGGUUAGUUCUUGACAGGAUAGCGGAGGCCGAGACUGCACAUCAAGCUUGGGAGAUAAUCAAGAGACAGCAUGAAGGCUCUUCAAAGAUGGUAUCUGUGAGGAAACAAGCUCUUCGCCAAAGCUUUGAAACUCUACAAAUGGAAGACAAUGAGAGUGUGCAGAGUUAUUGGGCAAGGGUCGUCACAAUUGUGAACCAAGUGAGAGGGCUUGGGCACAAGCUUUCGGAGGCUGAGGUGGUAUCCAAAGUGCUGCGAAGCUUGGCUCCAAAGUUUGACUAUGUAGCCGUUGCAAUGGAGGAGUCCAGAGAUCUGUCGACUCUCACCCUUGAUGAGCUCUGCGGGUCACUCCAAGCUCAUGAGUUUAGGGUCAACAGACUGUCAGGGAAAGCUAAUGAGAAGGCCUUAUUCGUCAAGGGUGAUACCUCAUCAUCUCAGACGAAGGAGAAGGGAAGUUCUACAUCCUCUACUGGUUGGAGCCCAACCAGAGGUCGAGGGAGGGGGCCGAGUGUCGAGCGAGGAGUAAGCCCAGAGAGAAAGGAGCUCACUGGUAGUCGAGGAACAGAAAUCAUGAAUGUUCUCAAGGCCAGUGUUGAUGAUGUUCCGACAACGAAUUCAAUUUGGCUAGUAGACUCUGGGUGUUCAAGUCACAUGACAGGCCAGAGAAGUAUGUUUACCAGCCUAGAUGAGUCUCAGAAGAUCACUGUUCGCCUUGGGGAUGAUAAGGAGAUGAAAGAAAUGCUGGAUCUAUUGCCUGAAAAGCAAGGGAGAGGCUUUCAGUUGUUUCAAAAAAUUCCAUGCAAUGGUGGAGAGGGAGACAGGAAGGAAACUGAAAGUAUUAAGAAGUGA